AUGCUUCAGCGACAUUUAGUUCGAAAUGUAGUGGAUAAUAAGUCUAACAGCGAUGAAACUGAAGAUUGGCUGAAAUUUGUAUGUUCUGUUUGUGGUUUGGCUGAAAAUUGUCGCUAUGGUUUGGUUGAAGUUUCGGUUAGGACACAUACCUACCGAUACAAAGAUGAAAUGUAUUACAUUUUGGAUCCAUUCAGAAAUAGAAAUCACGUGGAUGAAAGGAGAAUGCCUGCAGAAAAACCCAGCUAUAAAAGUUCUGGAAAUAAUUCGAUUCCAAAUAUUCUUGAUAUAUUUGUAAUCGGAGCACUUUGCAGUUCAUGUGGACAACCCGUCUGCAUUGAUGAAAUCUGUAGUGUUUUCUAUACAAAAACUUUUUGUACUCUCUGUCUUUAUCGAGAAAAAAGUCAUUUUCCGAAAGAAUUCGUCGAGCAAACUGAAACAGUGCGAAAACAGCGCCAACACGAGCAAAAAAAAGUUGAAAUGAUGUCAGACAUAUGA